AAAACAGAUCCGCCGUCGUCAUCUUUCUCUCAUCUCUUUGUUCUUCAUUUUCACCAACCUGGAUAGAACCCAUCACUUGAUUUUCUCCAAAUAAGAUCAUAGCUCUUCUUCCUCAUCUAGACACAUCUCAGGAUCUAACCUGUUAGAGACAGUAUAAUCUCAAAUCGGUUUCCUGCUCUGAUACCAAUUGAAAGAAUGAGAUGCGUGCUAGAUCUACAGACUUGUAUGACAGAUAUGUAUGAGCGAUGCUUAACAGAGAGAUGAAAGGAUAGUGAAGAGACGACACAAGAGAUUUGUUAACGGGGUUCGGAUAACCUACAUCCCCGGGACCAAGUCCAGAAUCAUUCACUAGAAUAAGAACGCAAAAGUCACAUUUGCCAAUGGUAUCUAGCACACACUUGUGCCUACCACUCUUAUCUACAUGAACUAAAGGAACCACCACUCUUUGUCUUUUCCGACGAGUGUGAACCUCUACAAAAACCACCAACAGAUUCUCUAUCUUGUUGGUGGGACAACACCACACACAACAUGUGUGCUUCUCUCAAUUUUAGGUCUAGGGUGCGUAAGCUUCUCUUUGCUACCACCUCUUCCUUUUAUACCUCUUAGAGUUCUCCACAAACCCUAGAUUCCACAAGCUUCUUCCUCUUGUCUUUUGGGUAAAAGCUUGUUCUCUUUUUGUCAACUUGACCCAUGCUUUUGUUCCUGUCGUACCUAACACAAGCAUGCUUCUCUGACACAGCCGUUCCACUGUUUGCUGCAACUUGACGCUUUUCUGCUCUGUUGCACUACACAACCUCUUCACGAUUCAUCUCUUGUUUCCAGCUCUGUAGCACUACACAGCCACUACAAGUUGUCUGCUCUGUUUUCAUCUCUGUUGCACUUCAAGUUUACUCAACUGCUAAACAAACUUCUGCUAAGUUGUAUGAUGCAGCUGAUACCUUCUUUCUGCUCUGUUGCACUUUCAGAGUUACUCAACUGCUAAUGGAAGACUUGUUCUCAUGAGCUUAAAGCAUGAUUGUUUGAGCUCUCACUUCUUGGAUCUUCUCACUAAGACUCCAAGGUUCAACACGUCACUUCAUUCCAUGUGACUUUACAUUGAGCUGUCUUGGCUGUGGUAGAUUCUCUGAUUCUCUAUCUGAGGAAUUACUGCGUCUGUGUCUGUAGCUGGUUACACAUGCUCCAACUUGAUCAAUGCUUCUGUUUCUCAACAUAUGUUUGUGUCUGACUUGUUAACUGCAACGUUCACUGCAUCUGUGUCUGUACUUUCGGUUGUAUCAGGUUUACCCAUUGCUUCUUGAUCAUCUCUCUUGAUUCUUAUAACCAGUAACAAGACCAAUAUAUCUUCAAUCUCUCCCUUUGUUACUGAGUUAUAGAACUCAAGCUUUCUCUAUUCUUGCACUUGAUGAUCUUCAAGCUUUCAUGAUGUAACUGAAACUUUGGCAUCUUCAUUACAUUGAUAGGAUUCUGUCAUUGUGAUCUUCUCUCUUCUGUUUCAAUAGUUAUUCCUUUACGCCUUGUUGUCAAUCUUACAAUUCUGUCAACACAGUGUAUCUUCACCAUAUAGCUUGCUUUUUCAACCAUAUGAAUUUGGAGGAAGUUGAAGAAUAUCUUGCUGAAAGUUUCGACCAUGUCAAGCAAAGGCUUCACGUGUUAGAUGAAAAGUCACUCAUAUCUAUUCAAUAUAAUAAGUAUAUAAGGAUGCAUAAGAUGUUGGCCCAACUAGGUAAAACUAUUGUCCAAUCUGGUGAGCUUCGACACCGCCAGUUUUUGCUUGAUCGUAAAGAUAUAUGUGAAGCAUUGAUUGAUAGUACAACAAUGACUAUAAGUGUUGUAGGCAUAUACUCCAAGUAUCAGUUAAAUAUAACUGAGAAAGCUUUUGAAAGGAUGUCUAAUCUCCAGUUCUUAAGAGUACUCAAACAUAAUGAUGAUCAUCAAAACAUUAUAUCUUCUCUGGGAGCUCUGAGCUUUACAUCUCCAAAUCUACGGUUGCUAGAUUGGUCGUAUUUUCCGAUGACAUGUUUGCAUUUUACCAAUAACCUGGAGUUCCUUGUCGAAUUCAACAUGGUUAACAGCAAACUUGAGAAGCUGUGGGACGGAACUAAACUACUUCGAAAUCUCAAGCGUAUAAGUUUAGAAAAUUCUAAGAACCUGGAGGAGCUUCCUAACCUCUCAACAGCCACUAAUCUCAAAAAAUUACAACUCAGUGGAUGCUCAAGUCUGGUGGAGCUCCCUUCCUCUAUUGGAAAUACAACUAAUCUCGAGAAAUUAAAUCUUAGUGGUUGUUCAAGUCUGGUGGAGCUCCCUUCCUCUAUUGGGAAUUCAACUAAUCUAAAAGAAUUAGAUCUUUAUGGAUGCUCAAGACUAGUGGAGCUCCCUCCCUUCAUUGGGAAUGCAACUAAUCUAAAAGAAUUAGAUCUUUAUGGAUGUUCAAGACUAGUGGAGCUCCCUUCCUCUAUUGGGAAUGCAACUAUUCUCGAGAAAUUAAAUCUUGGUGGCUGUUCAAGUCUAGUGGAGCUACCUUCCUCUAUUGGGAAUGCAAAUCUCACGAAAUUAAAUUUUAGGGGAUGCUCAAGUCUGGUGAAGGUCCCUUCCUCGAUUGUGAAUGCAACUAAUCUAAAAGAAUUAGAUCUUGAUGGAUGCUCAAGUCUGAUGGAGCUCCCUUCCUUUAUUGGGAAUGUAACUAAUCUCGAGAAAUUAAAUCUUUGUGGUUGUUUAAGUCUGGUGGAGCUUCCUUCCUCUAUUGGAAACCUAACUAAUCUGGAGAAAUUAAAUCUGAGUGGUUGUUCACGUCUUCUGGAGCUGCCUUUCACUAUUGGUAAUUUAACUUAUCUCAAAAAAUUAUUUCUUAGUGAAUGCUCAAGUCUGGUGGAGCUGCCUUACUCUAUUGGAAAUUUAGAUGAUCUCCGCAGAUUAUAUCUUAAUGGAUGCUCAAGUUUGAUGGAGCUCCCUUCAUCUAUUGAGAAUGCAACUGAACUCGUAGUUUUGAAUCUCAAUGCUUGCUCAAGUCUGGUAUCACUCCCACAACUUCCAGAAUCCAUACUAGUCCUAUAUGCAGAAAAUUGUGAGUCUCUAGAGAAACUAGAUUGCUACUUUUGCAUUCCAUAUAUUUCUCUCCAGUUCGUUAACUGCUUCAAACUAAAUAAAGAAGCAAGAGAUCUCAUCCUCCAAAGAUCAAAUCUUGAAUCAGCGGUCUUACCCGGUGGAGAAAUACCUGCAUGCUUCACUUACAGAGCUAAUGUGAGUUCCAUAACAGUGAAGUUGAAUCAAAAGCCUCUUCCUAUAACACAAUUUAAGGUUUGCAUCUUGUUUGACAAAAAGGGCGAAAAUGAAGCUAAGAAUAUGGGAGAGAUAACAGUGUCUUGUACCAAUACGUCAAAGCAGAAUUCUCACACUGCUCGUAUAUUAAAUGGUCUCUACGUAUGUCCAGUUUUAACGGAGCAUUUGUACAUAUUCGAAUUUGAAGUAUGGGAGCUGACUUCCACCGAGCUUAUUUUUAAGUUCGAGCUCUACGGAGAUGAUUUUCGGAAAACCUGGAAGAUAAAAAAAUGCGGAAUAAUCCACCUCGAGCAUGACGUUUUUAUAGAUUAUGGCGGCUUAAGAAAAGACAUCCCUUUCCACAAGAAAAUAAAAUAUCGCUUAGGAUGAAGAUGACGAUCGGAUCCGAUUUCCAAUGUUUAGAAAAUAUAUUUGCAACUUACAUAUAUAACAUGUAUAAGUGUUACAUGUGAUUUUUAUGUAAUAUUUGUGAUUUUUAUGUAAUUUCUAAUUACAUUGAGAAUUCUAAUCUGAGUUGUAAAAUCAUUUGUAAAUCUUUGUGGCCCUUCAACUUAAAAUUUUAUAUGUAUAAUAAGUUUGGACUA